UCGGAGAAGGUUGUGUAAUUUUUGGUCAGCUCGACGAACCGAGUGUUUGCGAUUCGCAGUCGGCUCGACGAUCAUCUAAAUCAUGGUUUCGAAAUAUAAAAGUAACGUAUCGUAUUUUCGACUGUAAUUAUAACAGUUUCAUUCGGUGGUUCGAAACGUAGUACAUAUUUGCAUCUUGGAUUUAAAGUGCCGCGCGCGGCGAGAGAAGUUUGCGAGGGUUGGCAAGACUGUUCGGAAAAUUCGGAAAGUGAACAGGUGUUUUUUGAAUGGAUUAGGGAGAAUAAGCGACGAGGACGCAAAGGGAUUUGCGAAUAGUGAAAGAUCGACGAACAACACGAUAUCUGUGAUUAAACGACAAUUUAGAAAAUGCAUUGGGAUUUAUGUUUGGAUUUCAGCUGUUAUAGAAAAUGAGGUAAAGCUGCAGAGGCAAUUAUGACAUGCACGGAUGACAAGGAUAGUACGCAGCCGACCUAGCGAUUCUGUGGUACCGUAAAGCGAGUAGAAGAAGGAAGUUAAAUAUGCCACACCAGUUUGGGUUGCCUACGAUGGCGCAUGGAAUGCAAUCACCUCCUUCCCCAACUUCGGUCAUGUCGGUUUAUCCUCGGUUUGGAUCCGGUGUCUACAGACCCGACCAUCAAGAUCAAAGGUUGACGCGGGAAGCAAUGGAGCGUUACUUGCGCGACAGAAGCGACAUGGUAAUCGUGAUCCUUCACGCGAAGGUCGCGCAGAAGUCGUACGGCAACGAGAAACGGUUCUUCUGUCCUCCGCCGUGUAUUUAUUUGUUCGGCGACGGUUGGAGGAUGCGGCAAGAACAGAUGCUUCGCGAGGGAGAGAGCGAGCAAUCGGCGCAGCUCUGCGCGUUCAUCGGGAUCGGUAACUCGGACCAGGACAUGCAACAGCUGGACCUGAACAACGGGAAACAGUAUUGCGCGGCGAAGACGUUGUACAUAUCCGACUCGGACAAACGGAAACACUUUAUGCUCUCGGUGAAGAUGUUUUACGGUAGCGGUCACGAUAUAGGCGUGUUUCACAGCAAAAGGAUCAAAGUGAUCUCGAAACCGUCGAAGAAGAAGCAGUCGUUGAAAAACGCCGAUCUCUGUAUAGCGAGCGGCACGAAGGUGGCGCUGUUCAAUCGGUUGCGAUCGCAGACGGUGAGCACGCGUUACCUUCACGUGGAGAACGGAAACUUCCACGCGAGUUCCACGCAAUGGGGCGCGUUCACGAUACACCUGCUGGACGACAACGAGAGCGAGUCGGAGGAGUUUCAAGUGCGGGACGGUUACGUGCAUUACGGCAGUACGGUGAAAUUGGUAUGCUCCGUAACGGGAAUGGCGUUGCCGCGGUUAGUAAUCCGUAAGGUGGACAAGCAGAUGGCCAGUCUGGAGGCCGACGAUCCCGUUUCGCAGCUGCACAAAUGCGCCUUCUACAUGAAGGACACGGAUCACAUGUACCUCUGUCUGUCCCAAGAACGCAUAAUACAAUUCCAGGCCACGCCGUGCCCGAAGGAGGCGAACAAAGAGAUGAUAAACGACGGUGCUUGCUGGACGAUAAUCAGCACCGACAAGGCCGAGUAUCAGUUCUUCGAGGGCAUGGGACCGGUCAGGUCGCCGGUCACGCCCGUGCCCCUCGUUCACAGCUUGCACUUGAACGGCGGCGGCGACGUGGCCAUGCUGGAACUCACCGGCGACAAUUUCACGCCGAAUCUUCAGGUGUGGUUCGGCGACGUGGAGGCCGAGACUAUGUACAGAUGCCAGGAGAGCAUGCUUUGCGUGGUGCCCGACAUAUCGCAGUUCAGAGGCGAGUGGCUCUGGGUCAGGCAACCGACGCAAGUGCCCGUCUCGUUGGUACGCAACGACGGUAUCAUUUACGCGACCGGUUUGACGUUCACCUACACCCCGGAGCCAGGACCCCGACCCCACUGUCCGCCGGCCGACGAGAUCAUGAGAGCCCCGCGCUCCAUGCACAAUCAAGCCAGUAUGCCGCCCGCGAUCGCCGACGUACCCUGGAACACGCAUCAACCGCCCCAGCCGGGUCUCUGAUGUUUCCUAGACAAUUACACCGCGCAUCACCAAAGUUUACGGCGCAGCGAGACGAACGCUGUCCGUUGCACGAACGUUGCUCGUCCGCGAAUCGCCGAUCAGGACGACAACGACCAGUUACCGGUCGGCGACGAGAACGCCGUCGCGACGAAACGUUUAGACAAUACCAAGACCACGUAGCGGAUGUCUCGCUACGUUGCCUAUCAUCCUCCCGCGGAACAUAACCUAUUCGAGUCCGGAACCGUGUACAAUGUGCCGUGUAUUGUUUCCCCUAUGUUCAUAUACCGCAACCUUACCGGUAGGUUCUUAGCUUUAAGUGUUGAUACAGAUUUACACAGAGAGAAAAUAAUAAUUUAUAGCACUCCUAGGAUUAUAAAAGCUUUCUACGAAUGUGAAUAUUUAGCCGCGAUACGCGUGGAUCAGAGAACGGGGGCAGGGGCAGGGGCAGGGGGGGGGGGGAGAGAGAGAGAGAGAGAGAGAGAGAGAGAGAGAGAGAGAAGACGAAAAACUUUUGCGGCCUGGUCCGUGCAAUUGCAUAUCGAUCGCUGAAACUGGUUGUGCAUUCGACGUCGAUGAUCACGUUCGUUCCCGCAAGAUUAAAGUCUCGCGCUUACGACGGAAUCCUGUUUGAUUUCAAUUUGACUGCGAUACCGGAAACAUUGCGAUGCAAACGGUACUAUGUAUGUAUACAUUUAGAAACUUUGCGUCUCAAGUGUCUUGAAAACAACGCCGUUUCAGGAACAAUAUUACGUUUAUCCUAAAAAUCCGUUGUUUUUUUUUUAGACAUCUAGGUGUAAAGUUUCCAAGUGAGCGCUCUGGAUAGGGUAAAGGCAGCUAUUAAUAUGUUUAUUAAAAAAUAUGUUUCAUAUAUAUAUAUAGUAGAUUGGCGGCUGCCUUUACCCUGCAGAUAUUCGCUCGGGUAUUUUUAUUUUUUUAAUUUUCUUUGCGUGCUCUCGACUCAUAUUUUGUACAUUUAUACAUUGACACGGCUCUACGAGGCCGGUUUUAUUAUCGCGUACAGUACGAAGAAACUGGCUCUCGCGCGAAAUUGGAAAUUUUAUCUUCAUUGUUUUUUAUACCACAUUUUCCUACGUUAUACUCUUGCGAAAGAGAAAUCGUCCUUUCAACCGUCAAGAAUUUCGAUCUUGUAAGAACCACGCGCUUUUUCGUUUUUCGCCAGAACGAUGAGACACAAUGAACAGUGAACAUCCAAACGCCAUACGUCUGUAUAAGUUUCGCAAGACUGGUUCGCAUGGCAUAGAAAUAUGUAACUUUAGUUUUUAACGUGGGAGAACGUGAAAAGCAAAGUCGUUAGGACGCUACUCGAAUUAAUUUUCCGUGGUGUUCGGGUAUCGUGGUUUCACCUUGACGAUUGCUAUUUAUUAUCAGAAUUUUCGUAUCGCGUAUUUCGCUGGUGAAAUCUUCGGUUUGCUUCUCUAACGUAUCAUCAAAGUACUGUGCACGCUUUUUUUUUUUUUUUUUUAUUCAUUUCUGCUACCUUUAACACUAUUUCUAUCAAACGUCGAAAGACACCUUUUACAACAAUUUUAACUAGAAGAGGUUACUUUUUAAGUUUAACCAUUUAUAAAAAUAUUUAUGUGCGUUCGAAUGCAAACGACACCUUUUCGUCGGACUAGAUACGCAUAAAACCAGGAUAGAAAUAGUGUUAAAAAACGUACGUACGCAUCGGUGCAUUUUUCACGGGUCGAGACAAGAGGAAAACAAACCUAUCCGUAUACGUUUUGUUGUCUCCGUACGAUUUUGCAAUAAAUUAGAAAGAUUUAUAGAGUAAAGUCGUUGUUCCAUGACUCGUGUUAUCUCCAAGUCCCAAGAUUCGAAGCGUUGACUGCCACCGAUGUAAAAAAAAAAAUAGAAAUAUUCGGUACUUCUUAUCUUGCAGCGUUCCUAACGACAGGCGGUGUUAUAUAAUUAGUUUACAGAAAUUAGUUCCUUCGUUGCGGACGAGUUUGAAACACGUAAGUUUCAAGUGCUGGUCAUCGGUGAUCGCAGGUGGUAGUCAACGCGUUGAAACGAUGCAUCAAAGACAUUUUGUAAGGCAAUGAGUGCGUCGAAGAAAUGCGAAUUCAUCGUUGUUGUUUAAACGAUAUCGUUGAAACUAGAAAAAUGCCUAAAAAUUAUUAAAUUGUUUGCGAUUAUAUGUAGAACGCUUGUAAACGUAUCUUAUUCGAUUA